ACAAUCAUUUUAUCUUCUUCUGCUUUGCUAAAUAAACAAAUUAAAACGUUCAUGUGCACACCACCCAACACUACCGCAAGCAACCCUUUUUCUUUCACACACUCUCUCUCAUCAAAAAGCUUGCAUCUUUCUCUACUCUCUUCACCCCCAUUGCCCCCAUUUCACUUCUUCAAUGGGCUCCUGCUUCUGGGUUCCUCUCAGAACUUUUCAAACCCACCUAAAAUGGCUUCUUUGCUGCUAAAAAGCUGGUUCCAAAUUGGGGAAAUAAAGAUAAGGCAGUCAGCAAUGGUGGGCGUUGUGAAGCUGGUGGUUAUGUUGGUGGUGUUUGGGGUUGUGUGUGAGUGUCAGGAGAGUACAGAUGAUGGGUCUUAUUCUUCUUCUUCUUCUGCUGGUGUGUAUAUGGUUACUCUUAAACAAGCGCCUUCUGUUUUUCACAAUUACCGGCCCAAUGUGAAGAAGACUGUGCAUCCUUUUGGGGUUCCUGAUUCUACUUCUGGAGGAGCUAAUACACUUGAAAAUCCAAGUUUUGGUAACGUCACGAAAAGGGGCCACCACCGUUUUGGUUCCCGUAUUGCAAGAGUUCACGAUUCGCUACUGAGACGGGUUCUAAAAGGGGAGAAAUAUCUAAAACUAUACAGUUACCAUUACUUAAUUAAUGGAUUUGCUGUUCUUGUUACUCCUCAACAGGCACAAAAGUUAUCGGGUCGAAAAGAGGUGGCAAAUGUGGUGCCCGAUUUCUCCGUCAGAACCGCAACCACACACACCCCACAGUUCUUGGGUUUACCUAAAGGGGCAUGGCUGCAAGAGGGUGGUUACGAGACAGCUGGCGAAGGGGUCGUAAUCGGGUUCGUUGACACCGGUAUUGACCCGACCCAUAUAAGCUUUGCUGAUAGGCUCUCCGAAAACAGUUAUCCGGUACCCAAACGUUUCACGGGUGUUUGUGAGGUCACCCGUGAUUUCCCAUCUGGGUCCUGUAACCGAAAACUUGUUGGGGCCCGCCAUUUUGCAGCGUCUGCUAUUACACGUGGAAUUUUUAAUGCUUCUCAAGAUUAUGCGUCACCGUUUGAUGGCGAUGGCCAUGGGACGCACACAGCUUCUAUUGCUGCAGGAAACCAUGGUAUUCCAGUUGUAGUAGCCGGGCAUCACUUCGGUAAUGCAAGUGGAAUGGCCCCUCGUGCACACAUCGCUGUUUACAAGGCACUGUACAAAAGCUUCGGUGGCUUUGCUGCUGAUGUGGUUGCUGCGAUUGAUCAGGCAGCACAAGAUGGAGUAGAUGUCAUAAGCUUAUCGAUAACUCCAAACAGACGUCCUCCGGGCAUCGCAACAUUUUUUAAUCCAAUAGACAUGGCAUUAUUCUCAGCAUUUAAAAGCGGUAUCUUUGUGGUACAAGCAGCAGGCAACACCGGUCCAUCACCUAAGAGCGUUUCUUCCUUCAGUCCCUGGAUCUUUACGGUGGGUGCAGCUGCACACGAUCGCAAGUACAGCAACUCUAUUCUACUUGGGAGCAACGUCACCAUUACCGGAGUUGGACUUGCACCGGGAACCGACGACAGUUACACUUUGGUAUCUGCAAACGAUGCAUUAAAAGAUUCAGAAACACCAAACGAUGAAUACGUGAAUGAAUGCCAAGAUUCUAGUAGCUUGAACCAGACCAUUGUUGAAGGGAAUCUCUUAAUUUGUAGCUAUUCCAUAAAAUUUGUUCUCGGACAAUCUACUAUAAAUAACGCUGUACAGACAGCUAAGAAUUUGAGUGCAGCUGGAAUCGUGUUCACCAUGGAUCCUUUUAUUAUUGGCUUUCAGCUUAAUCCUGUUCCAAUGAGUUUGCCUGGCAUAAUUAUUCCGUCUGCUAAUGAUUCAAAGAUUUUACUUGAGUACUACAAUUCGUCAUUGGAAAGAGAUCCGGUUUCGAAAAGGAUCAUCAAAUCCGGGGCGUUUGCAUGCAUUGCGGGUGGAGUAGAAGCAAAUUUUAGUUACAGUGCACCAAAGAUAAUGUAUUAUUCGGCUAGAGGACCAGAUCCAGAAGAUAAUUCUUUUCAAGAUGCUGAAAUAUUGAAACCGAAUUUAGUCGCACCGGGAAAUUUUAUCUGGGCUGCUUGGAGUUCUGGUGGCACAGAAUCAGUCGAAUUUCUUGGUGAGGACUUUGCAAUGAUGUCGGGAACGAGCAUGGCAGCUCCACAUAUUGCCGGGCUUGCAGCAUUAAUUAAACAAAAAUUUCCAUAUUUUAGUCCUUCAGCAAUUGGAUCUGCAUUAUCAACAACUGCUUCUCAACAUGAUAAAGGUGGUGGGCCCAUAAUGGCCCAACGGGCUUAUGCUAAUCCCGAUCUAAACCAGUCUCCAGCAACACCUUUUGACAUGGGAAGUGGUUUCGUAAAUGCUACCGCAGCAUUAGACCCGGGACUGAUUCUCGAUAUAGGCUAUGAAGACUAUAUGUCAUUCCUUUGUGGCAUAAACGGGUCAGAACCUGUGGUCCUAAAUUACACAGGCACAAAUUGUGGGCCCACAAAGGUUAAUGGUGCGGACCUGAACCUACCUUCAAUCACGAUUGCGAACCUGAACUGGACUCGGACCGUUCAACGAACCGUGACCAACAUCGGCGGGAACGAGUCCUACAGUGUGGGUUGGAGUGCGCCUUAUGGGGUUUCCAUGAAGGUGACCCCAUCGCACUUUUUUAUUGCCAACGGCGAAAAACAGGUUCUGAAUGUGUUGUUGAACUCGACGAUGAACAGCAGUGUUGCAAGCUUUGGAAGAAUUGGACUGUUUGGUGAUAAGAGUCAUGCGCUUAACAUUCAUUUGUCGGUUAUUGUUAAAACCGCGUAUAACAUGAGCAGUAGUAGUUGAGGCUUCUAUGAUUGUUUUGUUAGCAUGGUCUGUGGUUGUUAUUAUUUGGUUUUUUUGUGGUUUUAUGUCCAGUUUUUGGUGUGUAAAUUAUGUAGUGUGGGGCUAAUGAGCUAAUCCAUUUGUAUGAUUCUGAUUAUAAGUUGUUUGACUUUUGACCUUUUGACUUUUCUUCUUCAGAAUGUAUGAUGAGUUUGAGAUGAAUACAAAUACAAUGAUUGUGUUACAAA